UUCAGCAAUGAAGCUAGUUCUGCUGCUGUGCUUUGUUAGCUGCCUCAGAACAGGAUGGGCGGUUCAAUUAUCCAGUUUAGACAAAAUCUCACUGAACUUCUUUCCUAACAUGAGCAAUAUUUUAGCAGCAAGACUGAGUUCUUCCUUCAUUGUUAAUAUCCCUAAGUGUAUCUCCUCCUCUCACUAUACACCCACUACCAUCAGACCAGCAAUAGCUGUUCUUGGUGAGACAGUUGGCCUGCCAGCUGUGACAGACACCAACCAGAUCAGAUCCCUCCGCAACUUCACUGACGCCCCCAUUUACUAUGCGGGAGAAUUCGCAAGUGUCUCAUGCAGGAUGGCCAGGGCUCUUGUGAAAAUGGACAUAGAUGAUGAGAACUAUAAGCUGACCACAAUUGUAGGCUACCAGGUGGGAGCAGAAGUCUGUGAAAACACUAAGGGGCCCUUCUGCAAUCGAGUCCUGAAGCCAUCCUCAUUCUACAGGGUGAAUUUUUUUGUUUUGGAUGAAAAUGCUGUAGUAAGAGCUCACACAGAUUGGUCUGAUCCCAUCCAGACAAAUAAUGUGACAAGCUUCUCAGCCUAUGAUGGUUCAUUUGAAGGGAGAGCAGGAGGAAUGAUAGUGAUCACCGUGCUGCUUUCUGUUGGCAUGUUCUUGGUGGUGGUUGGUUUAAUUGUGGCAGCAGCUCUUGGAGGUAGAAAAUCCUAAAGCUGGCAAGUCAAGAUUGCCUUCCAGAAUGAUGCCGACAACAGAUAUGGAUGAAAUGGGUCCUGGGAGUCAAAAAUAUGUUUAUGUAAGCAGUGCUGUGCAUAAGAGGGAACAUGAACAGUUAGAAACAGUGGAAAUCAGAA